AUGAAGAACGAAUUACUACAGGUCAUUCUUAUCCAUUUAGUAGUCACAAAUAUCUUGAUGCUUGUUUCCCAAGGAAUACCAAGGACAAUAGCAGAUUUUGGUAUAAGAAACUUCCUAGAUGACACAGGCUGUAAGAUUGUGUGUUACCUGCAUAGGGUGGCCCGGGGCCUCUCCAUCUGCACCAGCAGUCUCCUCAUCUACAAAUCUCCCCCUGAGGUCAAAGCUACUCAAAGUGUUCUCCUUUUGAUGCUUUGCUUUGUUUUCUUUUAUUGGACUGACUGUGUUUUUGCUCUGUUUACUAAUUCUUUCCUGGAGAAUAAUUUUAUGUUAUUUAAUAUUCGGAAUUUUGUGACCCUUGGUUAUGCAGUUGUCAGCCCAUUUGUACUGAUUCACAGAGAUGGCCACCUGGGAGAAUGCUGGAGAGCUCUGUAG